AUGUCAGCUGAAGAAACAGUGUUAAACCUGUUCGAAACGUACUGGUUCGAGCAGAGAGCCUUUGCGCCGAAAACGGCGCCGUUUUUUCCACAGGAAAAAUCUCAAGAAUCUGCUGCUGCCGUUGAGCCGAAUCUGAACCGGAUCACAACCCUAAUGAGAAAAUCGUACAGCGAUCACAAUCUCGGCUCCGAAUUAGACCUCGCGAGCUCUCCGUCGCCGACGUCAGUCCUCGGCCCCCAUCUUCAGACAAUUCUCUCCGGCAAAGAAGUCGAGAGCUUCGACGAAUCGUCGGCGCCGGAAUUGGAACACAUCAAAAUUGGCGAGACGAAAUUAGAUCCAAAAUCGGAUAAGGUUAGGGAGAGGAGGAGGGGGAGAAGGAAGAGCGGCGCGAGCAGGAGCUUGUCGGAGCUGGAGGUUGAGGAGUUGAAAGGAUUUAUGGAUCUAGGGUUUGUGUUUUCGGACGAGGAUAAGGAUUCGAGAUUGGUGUCGAUUAUCCCCGGGCUGCAGAGGUUGGGGAAGGAAUCGGAGAGUGUGAUUGGGGGAUUUGAUGAAACGACGGCGUCGGCGUCGGUGUCGAGGCCGUAUCUGUCUGAAGCGUGGGAUCGUAUGGAAGAGGAAGAGAGGUUGGUUAAGAAUCCGUUGAUGGAUUGGAGAAUCCCAGCUUUCGAUAAUGAAAUGGAGCUCAAAGAUCAUCUCAAAUUCUGGGCUCACUCUGUAGCUUCCACUGUGAGAUGA